CUGAAAAUUUCGUCGUUCUUAUGCUUUAUUUUCCUAGAACCUGGCUCUCUUAGUACUCGUGUCAUGUGUGUUCUCUCUCUAGAAGUCUAAGUAGUCUCUUUAUCUCUAUCUAAGAGUCUACAUAUCAUAAACUUUUAUAGACUUAUAGAUUAUGGUAGGAUAUCUGACUUUAUUUUCUGUUAAGCUCUAAAGUCGUCAAGUCCUUAUAAGAACGACGGAUUCUUUAGCCGAGUGACACAAGAUCAUUCCUUGCCCAGGAUGUGUGUCCGACAUUAUGUUCUCGUAUAACAUGGAGGGUCUUCAGGGUGGUCUGCGCAAGCAUCAUACGAUGAGUCCGCGGUUCAUGAUUGGUUGUUUCCUCGUGAAUGAGAGAAAGGGCCGAUGAAACAUGUUCGAAGGUGGAAGAGGAUAUAUAGUAGACUAUCCUCACUUAUAUCUCUCUCGAGUUUCAUUUAGGACAUCGAUUCAUCUCUCCUGCACUCAAGAUGGUCACUCUCAGGUUAUUCGCACUUUGCGCUUGUCUGCUUUUUACCUCUGUUGUCGCCCAGGAUCCUCUUGUCAAGUAUUGGGUUCACGAAAGUUGUCUGGCAAGGCCAGCCAUGGUUGAAGCUAUCGACGAAGCGAUACUCAUGGCUAGGCUAGCCGCGUCUCGUAUGAGAAAUAUCAACCGUGAUCUAGACAUCCUCAAAGCAUUCCGGCGUGUCUUCCUUACCGAACUCUACCCCCGAGGCACCCAACCUUACCCCGAACGACAGGCAUGGGACCGCGUGCAUUGGAUCAUGGCCAACAUUGGUGCCGCACGCAAGUAUGAAAGGAUGAGUGAUGCCAACACACAUAUCUACUGUGAUGACCAAGAUCGCUGGGCUCGACUUCCGACAGAGGGCGCAAUGUGGUUUGAUACGACACCUGCGUAUCGAGUCAAUGUUAAUGGUAUGACUUUGCCUCUGUUCAGAGAUGCUGGUAAACCUCACUGCAAGAUGAUGGUGGAGGGUGAUACGGAGAGAAUAGACGAUGAAAAUCACUUUGAGACUUAUGGGGUGACGUACAACCUGGAAGCUGGGGCAGAGAGAUACUAUGGCUCUUGGUUGUCCAUUAUCACCGUUUGCGGACCGAUGUGUGAUGCUGAAAUUACAACGCUAGGGGCAGAUAGAACGCGGGAUUGGACACGGUUCCCACUCACUUAUAACCUCGAUGACGAUUCAGAUGUAGAUGUAGACGAUGAUGAUUUUACCACAUUCGGGAACGGAGAGAUACAGGGUUAUGCCAGCGUGCUAGUGCUGCAUGAGUUUACGCAUGCGGGUGCGUUUCGAACGGAUGAUAUAGAGCCCGCGUACGGUUGGCGGAAUAUCAUUAGAAAGCCUGCACAGGACGCUCUGAACAAUGGGGAGAACUAUGGGUACUUCGGUGCACUUGCUCUUCUAGGAGCUAUGGGGUUCAAGCUUAGUGAUAAUCCAGCAGAAGCCAUAGAAGGGCGUCUAGUUAGAGCAAGAUAG